GUGUACCACUUACCCUUAUCCUGCGCACGCUUGCACACACAGUGACUCAGACUCCUCUGUGCCCUUCUACGCACACCCACUGUAAUGGCAGCUGAGCUACAACCCCCAGAAGCCCUGAUAACCGCUGGCCCAACGGCCGGAACAACGACCACGACUGCAACGACGACUGCAGCAACAGAGACGAAGACGUUUGUACCGUCGGCCGACUACCAAGGACAAGCUUUGGCCCCAAAACGGCAACGCCGACCCAGUGUCCGAUUAGGGGAGAUCGGGGACCAGCCGGCCACGCUCUCGUAUGAAUCUCACGUACGAAGAACCAAACAACACCCCUGGAGGCUCCCCAAGGACCACUCCUCUAAGUCCUUCAAGGCUCGGUCGCUGAUCAACCUUGUCAACGGUGGUGAUUCCCAGGAUAUCCAAGAGCCAGCGGAAGAUAGGAACCAAAACGGCGAUGGAAAUCUUGAAUUCGCGAACCGGAAGAAGGCGAAGCGGGGCGCGACGAAGCGGGCCCGAUCCACUUGGGUCUCGAGAGUCGAAGAAGGAGCCGCGGCCGAGGGCGACAGCAGAGAAGACGGUAACCACAACGAAGGGUUCAGAGAUUUCGAUCCCGACUCGGACAGUCAGCUGAAGGAACACAGUCCCGUCCACUCAGUCGACAACGUGGUGCUCGAUUCGUGGCACGGGGUUAGACGGCAAGGCCGGGCUAGGGUUUCGGAAAGUCGCGAAAACGACGCCGUUGAUUUGGACAAUUUUCCCGAGUCCAAUUCGAGGGACCGGAAGUGUGGAACGAGCGAGGGAGUGAGGUCGUGGCUGAUCGAAUUGGGGUUGAGCCGGUACGCGCCGGUGUUUGAGAUACAUGAGGUGGACGACGAUGUUUUGCCGAUGUUGACACUGGAGGAUCUCAAGGAUAUGGGAAUCAAUGCGGUCGGGUCCAGGCGGAAAAUGUAUUCCGGUAUACAAAAGCUUCGCAAGGGGUUUUCGUGAGUGUUUCCCUUUUCUUUCUUUCUUUUUUUUCCUUUUUUUUUUUUUUUGGUAGAACUAAAAUAAUUGUAGUUGUAAUCUUACCUUAUAAACCCUCGGUCACUGCUGAAGUGUUGGAUAAAAUGCGUGUCUGGAUGGGUUUGAGUCUUGUUUCUGAUGAUAACAAUAAUAAGAAGAUAGUAAUAUUUAUAAACCCA